AUGGCUGCUUCCAAGACACUCGAGAAGCUCGAUGGCCUGGAGCUGCCGGCAGCGGCCGACAUGCAUGUUCAUCUGCGGGAAGGAGACAUGACCGAGCUCGUGGUGCCCACUAUACGCCAGGGAGGUGUCAACACAGUCUUCGUAAUGCCCAACUUGGUGCCUCCGAUCACCACUGUGAACCAUGCUCUAAACUACCAGAAGUAUCUUCAAAAGCUGGAGCCCAACGUUCAGUUCCUCAUGUCCCUCUAUCUGCACCCAAACAUCAAGCCCGAAACCGUCAUUGAGGCCAAGGAGAGAGGCAUCACCGGCAUCAAGUCCUACCCACAUGGCGUCACUACACACUCAGAUCAUGGAGUCCUAUCGUACGAGGCAUUCUACCCGGUGUUUGAGGAGAUGGAACGGCAGGACAUGGUCCUCAACCUUCACGGCGAGCUUCCACCUUCGGCCGGAGCCGAUAUCACAGUCCUCAACGCCGAAGAGGCAUUUCUGCCCACCCUGAUCGACCUGCACCGCCGCUUUCCCAAGCUGAGGAUCAUCCUCGAGCACUGCACUUCUGCAGCUGCGAUUGAGGCUGUCAAGUCAWGCGGUGACACUGUUGCUGCGACCAUCACCGCCCACCACAUGUUCCUGACCGUCGAUGACUGGGCCGGAGAUCCGCAUUGCUUUUGCAAGCCUGUUGCGAAGAAUCCUUCCGAUCGUCGAGCACUUCUGAAGACAGCAAUCAGUGGGAACCCAAAGUUCUUCCUCGGUACGGACUCGGCGCCCCAUCCCGCGAUAUCAAAACGCGGCGAUAAGGUGGCAGCUGGUGUGUUCACGCAACCUCAUGCGGUGGGUCUCGUCGUGAAUGCACUCGAAUUAGGAGUGGAGCUGGGCGUGCUGGAGGCUGAAGACGUCACCAAAGCGAAGCUAGAGGGCUUCCUGAGCACCUUCGGCCGAUCAUUCUAUCGRGUCUCUGACGAGAAGGGCGAGAGGAUCACGCUUUCAAGGGCCACGCAGUCCAUCACAGACAUUCUUCGCAACGAGAGUGGAACGGUGGAAGUUGUACCAUUUCGGAGAGGUAAAAUGACAUGGGAAACGAAGUGGUUGUAA